CAAUUUACUACACAAUGACGAAGGAUGACGAUCCAAAUUGUAUGCUCAAGAGUCGUUUUUCAGCCGCUCGGUUGAGAGACAUAGUGCUUGGGCUUAAGGAACCUCGGAGAAAACUCAUUACUGAUCGUGGGUGGGGUGUACUUCUGGAUAUUUCCGCAUUCUCAGCUCCCAAGGGAUUGCUGGAAUGGAUAAUAUUAAGGAUUGAUGCCGAGCUAGGUGAAUUCAGAAAUAGUAAGAACAAAACAAGCAUAGUGUUCAACAAAGAAAUGGUAGUUAAAGCAUUGGGGCUUCCUUCUGGAGCUAGGCCGGUGGUGCUCACCGGUGAUCAUGAAGAAUCACCAUAUCGUGAAUUCUACAAAAUUGAAUAUAGCACAGCUGGAAGGAGGGCGCCAAUUCAUCAUGCUGAAAAGUUGCUUGAAGAUGAUGAGUUGGAUCAAGAAGUAUGGUUUAGGACAUUCUUCAUGGUGGUGAUCAGUACAUAUUUCUUUCCUGGAAGCAGCAUUAUGAUGCCUCUGGAAUAUCUUGGGAGCCUCGGUGAGUCCACACUCGUUCGUGAAUAUGAUUGGGCGGACAAGAUAUUCUCACAUACAAUGUCAGAAAUCAAGACAUUCCAAGACAAAAGGAGAAAGGCACUGAAGGAUGGAAACAUGAAACCACUAUGGGUUGGUGGUUGCUUACCAUGGAUCGCGAUUGUUUACAUGGAUCAUUUGGAAUUCCCUGUCUCAACUCUGUCGACUCAUCGGAUUAGUUAUGAUCUGCCGAGAUCCUCUCAUGUUUCCGAUGCCGACUUCAAGUUUGUUAUGAAGCAUGAUAAAAGCAAGCUGACACUCCAACCCCAUACAUAUGGUGCACGCCCAUUUCGUCCAUUCCACCUCACCCCGUACGCCACUGUGAAUGUAAUCUUGGGAAAUGAAGCAGCGCAAGAACACAUUUUACCGCACAUUGCAGUAUCAAACUCCAACCAUUUAGGGCAGGACGCAUCUCGGCAUUCCAUAGCACAAGAAAAUAAUUUCCCAGAGGAGCUCCCAGAUUACAUUAGGAUUGUCCAUGAGAAGCACAGCAAUAUAUGGCGCAAAGAUGUUGAAAAGGCAGUAACAAGGUUAACGAAAAUCCAUGUCCAGCGCAUGGCCGAGUAUGCUUCUGAUUUGUUUGCAGCUUGCAAGAAUAACACAACAACUCCACAUGGGCCAUUGCCGCCAAGUGCCUCCACGCCCAUCUUCUCGCCACCUAGAGCAUCCACUAGCAUUGCCGGUGCGCCCAGAGAUGAAGAACCCGUGCUAGUCGGAGAAGAUGUGCACGGUUCACAAUUUUGGGAGGAAGCCACUAGGAUUGCGGCUGAGAUAGAACAGAGUGCUGGCAAAAAAACACAUAUGACGGAUCCAUCCUCUACUGCAAAUGCACGUACUGAACAUCAAGACAUCACUGAACCAACUACAGAACUUCGCCCCAUUAACGACAUUGAAUGUCCUACUUUCAACCUUUUGCCAGAAGGUGAAACUUGGACCCAACAUUUUGCAGCCAACAAUCACCCUUCCCCACGAGGUGUUGCCAACAUAGCGACUUCCACAGGAGGAACAUCAAAGGACACAUCAGGUAUGGGAAGGCCGCUACCAUGCCAUCCAAGCCAUUUCAAUUACCAUUCAUUUCAGAUAAGCAAAUACCAGAAACACAAAUAA